GACUAAGAGACCAAGACUAUAUCGUUCAUUUACAGAUUCUAUACCUGCUGUAUACACAUUGUUCAAUCUCUAUACUGCAUACUGCUCACACUUCGUUCCUCACGUCAUUCGUCCGGUCUGCCAAGCCUAAACAAACGUGCGGCUUCGAAUUGCUUCCCCUCCGAAGAGUUCCAGUUGUGUUGUUCAACGAGAGACUUGAAAAACAAAAAAAGGACCUUACACUCAUUUAAAACUUUGCUAUAACCUCCGAAUUCGGAUCCACCAGUCUGCCAGUUAACGUCGCUCUCUCCUGACAGACGCUGGUGUGUGUUAAGCGCCGUCUCUUCUCCGUCCCCGCGCCGCUCAUAUCGCCAUCGCCAUCGCACGUCCAUCAUCCGUAUCGUCCUGUAUCGGAAGGACUGACGGUAUCGUUUCACGUCCGCAUCAAACCGCAUACACAGAGUUAGAGUCAUAUUCCUAUCCUAUUGGUUUCAAGAUGGAUGCGCCGUACCUUGAACCAAACGUCGCGGAGCCGCAGAAACAGCCUGCCGAGGUUCCAGAAGACACAGCGACCACGGUUCACAAUCACAACAACGGCUACAGCAGCGACUCGCGAGCCCAUUAUUCCUCCUCCUAUACCCCGUUAUACGAUGCCGAUCAACAAUCCCGAUUCAACCAGUCCCCCACAUUGAGUACCUAUCAGCCACAACUCCCGCCGUCGUCGUCGAGACCGAGUUCGGGGUUGUCGAGUGGGGCGGAGCGACAUGGGUAUUCGCAACAAUCUCAGGAUUUGCAGAAACAGUCGUCUCAGGCCGCGUCGAAGAAUAGUGUGGUGAUUAAGGUGGGAAUGGUCGGGGAUGCUCAGAUUGGGAAGACGAGUUUGAUGGUGAAAUAUGUUGAGGGGAGCUGGGAUGAGGAUUAUAUUCAGACUCUAGGUGUCAACUUUAUGGAAAAGACCAUCUCAAUUCGCAACACAGAGAUUACUUUCUCCAUCUGGGAUCUCGGUGGUCAGCGAGAAUUCGUCAACAUGCUUCCGCUCGUGUGCAACGAUGCUGUAGCCAUCCUGUUCAUGUUCGACCUGACACGGAAGAGUACAUUGAAUUCGAUCAAGGAGUGGUACCGGCAGGGCCGUGGGUUUAACAAAACAGCCAUUCCUUUCCUGGUCGGGACAAAGUAUGACCAUUUUGUCAACUUUCCCCGCGAGGACCAGGAGGAGAUUUCUAUUCAGGCCAAACGAUUUGCCAAGGCCAUGAAGGCAAGUUUAAUCUUUAGCAGCACCAGUCACAGUAUCAACGUGCAGAAGAUUUUCAAAAUCGUCCUGUCCAAGGCAUUCGACCUAAAAUGUACAAUUCCCGAGAUCGAGAAUGUGGGCGAGCCGCUGCUUCUGUACAAAAACCUUUGAACGAGGAGAUGGAGUUUGUGUAUAAGGAUGUGUGAUGCUGAUGAUUGCUCAUCCUCUUCCUCGACUGAAGGAUGGCUACGGAAGACCCUAUCAUUAGGAGAUUUCUCGCUGUCUCUUCUUUUCUGCUAUUCUUUAUUUUCUCAGCAUUGGGCUGCGUUUGGGAUUUCUUCGUGUCUUCACUUAUUCCUUUUUUCCCUUCUACUGUAAUUUUCAUUAUUGUUUACUUCCGGGUCGUGGAGAUACUGAACCGGAGUGCUGGACAUUGGAGUUUGGUUUUGAUUCUUUCCCU